GUCUGAGCAUUAAUUCAAUUAUAUCUAAUAUAUUUGAAAAUUUUAAAUAAUAAAAUUUUCCAUCCUUAUAAUUAUCGAACAAAAGUUAAAUAGGAUUAUAUGUACAACGGUCUUCAGUCGCACCCAAUACCUAUUUAAUAAUGCAAACACGCGCGUACUUUGUAUAAUGCCAGCUUCUCUUUGGCCUAGAUUGCUUCAUUUAACCAAGAUUACCACCAGGGCACUUUAAAUACAUGUACCCAAUGUUCUCGAAAUAAAUGUUUACCUUUAUUAUAAACGAGACUUAUUAUAAAGUACAAUUACUGAUAUUUAAAUGUUCCCAGGUAAAAGUACUAUUCCUGAAUUUCAAACUCACAAGAUGGAAAUUUUUAAGUAUCUGGCAUUUAUCUUAAAUUUCCGACUUUUAUUUAAACGGUGUAUACUGAAAUAUGUUGAAUUCAUUAAGCAUAGACUUAUUAUAUCAAAUAUUUGCUGGCGUUUCUUUCUUUUCUUUUCUUUUUUUUUUGUCAAAUCGUGAUGACAUUUUUUUACAAUUCAGUGAACAAGGAAACAAUACACACACUGGUAACAUGCAGGUUAAUUUUCUGAUGUUUUUAAAAUAAUUGACAUGCUCAUAAUAUGCGUGCAAUUUGAAAUAACGCUAGAAUGUAAGAAUUUUUUUAUCACCAAAAGAGUUAACGAUAGACCACAGCGCUAACUUUAUAUUAGUCAGUUUUAUUUAUACCAAACCGGAAUGUUAUGACGUCAUUUUACGUCGUCUCUACGUAGAGUCGUCAUGGGAUCAACUUUGCGUUGAAUUGCCUGAUACUGCAGCAUAUAACGGCAUUUAUAAAUUAAUCUUAAAUCAAAACCAUGGGCAAUUUCCAUUGUGUACCACGUUUGCAAGGGGAAAACUUGAAGAACUAUGUUCAAAGAAACUUAUGUCCUCAGCGUCGGAAACGAAAAAUAGAUAAUUUAGUGAAAUUAGCGGCCUGUGGUGACGGUCAAAAUUUCAAGAAAGAGGCAGAUAAGAUUAUAUUAACGAAAAAAGAACUUGAUCAUUACUAUGAAGAAAGGAACGCUGUUGUUGACAACGAGUUUGAGGAUGACGUCAUCGAGGUAGAAAUUUACGACUACGGACACGAAUCACCAUCGGAUUACGGCGAUACUGACAGCGAUGAAUAUGAAACAGACAUUUCAGAAUGUUCAUCCUACCGGCAAGAAUUUACCCCAGUUACACGAAAAUUUGCCAAUCCUAGAAUGCAACAGAUGUAUGAGGAAUAUUGUAGGAAAGAGUGGGCUAAGAGACUAGAUAUGAUAUCAUUGUCAGAUUUACCAGAACUUGAUGAAUACAAAGAUAACAAGAAGUCAUACGUAGCACAGAAUGGACACAUUGAAACGGUAAUAUAUGAAUUAUAG